AUGUCUAUUCGUGGGGGCGAUGGCGGCAAGACCGACCAAGAUCUUGCCAUCAACAUUCGAAAGGCGACGAACAGCGACGAAAUCUCCCCCAAGCGAAAGCAUGUGCGCGCAUGCAUUGUAUACACAUGGGACCACAAGUCCUCCCAGGCUUUUUGGGCUGGCAUAAAAGUGCAACCCAUCAUGGCCGACGAGGUGCAGACCUUCAAAGCGUUAAUCACCAUCCACAAGGUUCUACAAGAAGGGCAUGUCGUGGCGCUGAGGGAGGCAAUGGCCCACCGCAACUGGAUCGACAGCUUGCAACGCGGCAUGACCGGAGAGGGCGUCCGUGGUUACGGUCCCUUGAUUCACGAAUACGUCUACUUUAUUCUAGCCAAGCUUUCCUUCCACCAUUCCCACCCCGAGUUCAACGGAACUUUCGAGUACGAAGAGUAUAUCAGCUUGAAGGCCAUUAACGACCCCAACGAGGGAUACGAGACCAUCACCGAUCUCAUGGCUCUGCAAGACAAAAUCGAACAAUUCCAAAAGCUCAUCUUCUCCCAUUUCAGACAUGUCGGAAACAACGAAUGCCGCAUCGCCGCUCUGGUCCCUCUUGUUCAAGAAAGCUACGGAAUCUACAAGUUCAUCACCAGUAUGCUGAGGGCUAUGCACUCAAUUACCGGCGAUGACGAUGCCCUUGAGCCUCUCCGAGAGCGUUACGGCGCCCAGCACUACCGGCUGGUCAAGUUCUAUUACGAGUGUUCCAACCUAAGAUACCUCACGAGCCUUAUUACGAUCCCGAAGCUGCCACAAGAACCUCCUAAUCUGCUGGCCGAGGACGAGAAUGCUCCAGCCCUUCCGGCUCGGCCCAAGCAAGAGAUUGAGCGUCGCCCGACACCGCCUGCCCAACCGAAGCACGAAGAACCCGACCAAAUAUCCGAGUUCUGGCAAAAUGAAGUCGAGCGUCAGAACCGCGAAUAUGAAGAGCAGCAGCGCAUUCUCGAGGAGAGACAGCGGCAGGCCCUUCUGGCCCAGCAGCAGGCUCAACUGCAGGCACAGCGAGAUUUCGAAGAGCAGCAACGACGCCUGGCCGAACAGCAGCAACGUGAGCAGGAGGCGCUCCUGGCACAGCAGGCGCAGUGGCAAACACAGGGUCGUUUGGCUGAGCUCGAGCGGGAGAACCUCAACGCCCGUGCCCAAUACGAGCGUGAUCAGUUGAUGUUGCAACAGUAUGAUCAGCGCGUAAAGGCACUGGAGGGGGAGCUUGCACAUCUCCAGAACAGUGUGGGAGCCCAGAUGCAGAGCCGUGACGAUCAGAUCAAGGCCUUGCAAGAACAGGUCAACACUUGGCGCACAAAGUACGAGUCCCUGGCGAAACUCUACUCGCAGCUGCGCCAAGAGCAUCUUGAUCUGCUGCAAAAGUUCAAGACGGUCCAGCUCAAGGCUGCCAGUGCGCAGGAGGCCAUUGACAAGCGUGAGAAACUGGAGCGCGAGAUCAAGACCAAGAACCUGGAAUUGGCGAACAUGAUCCGCGAGAGGGACCGCGCACUCCACGACAAGGACCGAGCUAGCGGCAGCAGCAAGGAUGAGGUUGAGAAGCUCAAGCGCGAACUCCGCAUGGCAAACGAUCGUGCCGACAAUCUGGAGCGAAGCAAGGGCAACGAACUCUCUACUAUGCUCGCUAAGUACAACCGCGAGAUGGCUGACCUUGAGGAAGCCUUGCGAAACAAGUCCAAGGCUCUGGAGGACGCUCAGUCCAAUGUGAGAGACGGAAACUCCGAUUUGGAGCAACUCCUUCGCGACAAGGAGGAGGAGCUUGAGGUCUACAAAGCAGGCAUGGACCAGACGCUUCUCGAGCUCAAUGAUCUCAGGCAGAACCAGGGGGUUAGCGACAGCGCCCUCGACGGGCAAAUCGAUGCGCUCAUUCUGGCCAACCUUGACAAGAUCAACGAUAUCAUUGACUCUGUGCUUCAAGCAGGAGUUUCUCGCGUUGAUGACGCCCUGUAUGAAAUGGAUUCAACCAUGCAGGCAGGUAACCAGAACGCCUCUCCUUCCUACGUGCUGUCCCAGAUCGAGAAGGCAUCAGCAAGUGCCAUGGAAUUUGCCACGGCGUUCAACAACUUCAUCGCAGACGGCCCCAACAGUACUCAUGCGGAGCUUAUCAAGACCAUCAACGUUUUCUCGGGCGCCGUCGCCGAUGUCUGCGGCAACACCAAGGGUUUGAGCCGUCUAGCCACCGACGACAAGGGCACCGACUCAUUGAUGGGCGGCGCGAGACAGUCCGCGCUCUCGACGAUCCAAUUCUUCCGUGGAUUGCAGAGCUUCCGACUAGAGGGAAUGGACCCCCUGCAAAAGACAGAUGUCGUUAUCAAUAGUAACAAUGACGUCCAGAUGAACUUGCAGAAACUGAACAAGCUGGUUGAGGCGUUUGCGCCAGGAUUCGGCAAGCUCACCAACAACAAGGGAGAUCUUGGCGACCUGGUGGACUCUGAACUCAGCAAGGCAGCCGAUGCCAUUGCCGCAGCGGCAGCUCGGUUGGCGAAGCUGAAGAACAAGCCUCGUGAUGGGUACUCAACCUACGAGCUCAAGGUCCACGACUCGAUCCUGGAUGCUGCAACUGCCAUCACCAAUGCUAUAACACAGCUGAUCAAGGCUGCCACUGCUACCCAGCAGGAGAUCGUCCAGGCUGGUCGUGGGUCAUCGUCGCGCACGGCUUUCUACAAGAAGAACAACCGAUGGACAGAAGGACUCAUUUCCGCUGCCAAGGCGGUCGCUUCGUCUACCAACACGCUCAUCGAGACGGCGGAUGGUGUCCUCUCGAACCGAAACAGCCCAGAACAGCUCAUCGUGGCGUCCAACGAUGUCGCUGCUUCAACAGCACAGCUAGUGGCAGCAAGCCGUGUCAAGGCUGGGUUCAUGUCCAAGAGCCAGGAGAAGCUGGAGCAGGCCAGCAAGGCCGUCGGCGCUGCCUGCCGAGCGCUUGUCCGACAGGUGCAGAACAUGAUCAAGGAGCGCAACCAAGGAGAGGACGAGGUAGAUUACUCCAAGCUAGGAGCCCACGAGUUCAAGGUCCGCGAGAUGGAACAGCAGGUCGAAAUUCUUCAGCUCGAGAACGCACUGGCCUCUGCGAGACAUCGGUUGGGUGAGAUGCGGAAGAUCUCAUACCAAGAAGAGUAA